GGUUGGCCAAAGGAGAAUAUGGAAUACAUCCAAGCAUUCAAUUGGCAAGUCAUUGAAAAGCUAGGGAAUGAAAUAUUACGUUUUGUGUUUGGGCGUCGGUUUAAUAGAAAAGAGUUGGGAAAUGUACUCUUGGAUCCAAAUGCAAAAUGCAAAUCUGAAGCAAUUAAAGCUCAUUUAUACAGCUACUUUGAGAGCUAUAUUUUUGGAAUGCUAUGGGGAAUUGCUGGAAACCAGAGAUCGCGACUUUUGAAUGGGAAUAUCAACUCGACAAUAUGGCGGGAGAAUAAUAAAAGAGCUGUCAUCAACGACGUCAGAAGAGGUUCUAUUUCAGUUGAAAUUCUUAAUGAAAUUAGAAGAUUAGCAUCAUUUAUAGAUGUUCUGCACAAAUGGAAAUUAGAAAUAGAAAAUAUUAUGAAAACGAAUCCAUUGAAAGAUGAAAUUCCUUUCGAAGCACAAAUAAGUCUUUCAAGAAUUCCUGGUGUCAAGGCAUUUGGAAUUUCAAACAAAACCUUUACAGUCUCCAUUGAUGAAGAGAAAUUUAAAAAUAAUAACCAGAUGGUGAAAGUUGUUAAAGAGGCAGUCGGGAAGCUUUUUCCAGUGGAGAGUUCAACAUUAAAGCCAUGGAAGCAGCCUAUAUUUCACGUCAAAUGUGGAGAGUCCAUUAAAGGAGUACAAACUGGAAAAAUAACUAUGUUCACUGAGCUGUAUGGAAGUGAUAAGAUAUUGGACCAUCUGUAUUUCCUUACUUGCAAACAUGUUGCCUCCGAUCCAAAGACAGAAGUGUAUAUGCAUUGCAUGCAGUGCAAAACGCACGCAUGUACAUGUGAAAAAUCUGCCCUUGGUGUGAAUAUGUACCCAUUUGGUCCAGAAAAGAAAAAUAUAUUUGGUGCGUACAUCGAUUUUACUUGUGGGUUAGUAGCGAAGACUAUUGCACCAGAGUGUGACAGGAACCUGAGAAAUAAAUACCACAAACUUAUUGAAAUUUCUAGUGCAUCUGAUAGCACUGAAGAUCACGUGGGACAAAAGAUCCUAAAGUGGACUGAUUCUACAGUAAAAAUUGGUGAAUAUGACGGAGUUCAGUAUUUGGAGGUGAGAGAAAACGAUGGAUUUCGACGUGUAGACAUCAUCAGAUCAACCCAGAUUUCUUUUGGUGGUCCAGGCGAGAGUGGAUGUCUUCUGUACCUUUUGUCUGAGCGCACAGAUGCUUCUGAUAUCAUUACUCCAAUGUUUGUUUACUGUGGUCAAUGGGAGGAAAAUAAGUAUAUGUGCUUUAGAUUUCGAGAAGGACUUGACUGUUUGGCCAGCGAAUAUGUUUUGAAUUUUCGCUUAUGUUAUGAAAAUCCAAAAGAUAGACCGUCCAUGUACAUUUCAUCUCCACGAAAGAGAAAGAAUAACACUCCAUUGCGCAACACUUGAUGUGUCCCAUCAGCUAGAGUACGCCCGUUACUUUUAAAUAAGAACUAAGGUACGCUAGCACUGCUUCAAUCAGCACUUCAAAAACUGUA